GCUUGGGGCCCGCCUGGCCGGGAAGGGAGAAGGCAGGGCAGGAGAGAGGGAGGGAGGGAGCAGGAAAGGAAGCCCGAGGGCAGUGGCGCUGGCUGUGCCCGCGGAGGAUGGCGGCGGGAGACUCGGAGCAGGUCCGCUACUGCGCCCGCUUCUCCUACUUGUGCCUCAAGUUCAGCCUCGUCACCUACUCCACCGUCUUUUGGCUACUAGGAGCAUUUGUUCUAGCUGUUGGUAUUUAUGCCGAAGUUGAAAGACAGAAGUAUAAAACCCUUGAAAGUGCCUUUUUAGCUCCAGCAAUUAUUCUAAUACUACUGGGCAUUGUAAUGUUCCUUGUUUCUUUUGUGGGUGUGCUGGCAUCCUUAAGGGACAACUUAUCCCUCCUUCAAGCUUUCAUGUACAUCUUGGGCAUUUGUUUGCUCAUUGAAUUAACAGGAGGAGUUAUGGCCUUAAUUUUCAGACAUAAGACAAUUGACUUUGUAAAUGACAACAUCCGAAGAGGAAUUGUAAAUUAUUAUGAUGACCUAGACUUCAAGAACAUAAUGGAUUUUGUUCAAGAGGAGUUUAAAUGUUGUGGUGGAGAGGAUUUUAAAGACUGGUCAAUAAAUCAGUACCAUGCCUGUUCUGCACCAGGACCAAUGGCUUGUGGAGUUCCUUACUCUUGCUGUAUCACAAAUAAGACAGCUGUUAUCAACACCAUGUGUGGAUAUAACACUAUUGACAAAGAGCGCUUGAGUGUUCAGCCCUUCAUACACGUGAGAGGAUGCACCAAUGCAGUACUCAUUUGGUUUUUGGACAACUAUGCCAUCAUGGCAGGCAUUCUCCUUGGUAUUCUGUUGCCACAGUUCCUUGGAGUGGUGUUAACUUUUCUCUACAUCAGCCGUGUAGAGGAUAUAAUUACGGAGCAUAAGCAGAAUGAGACACUGCUUGACGGAGGGAGACAGAAGAUGGACGUUGAAUUUGCUGGAGCUGGGUGCUGUAUGUGUUUUCCUGCCUAAUGCCAAGUUGUCCUCUGAAGAAAACUGUGGGACUACCAUCCCUUUGCAUUGCGCCUUCUGUGCUGUCAGCAGUUAAACCUAUUAUGAUGUUGUGUACUUAGGAGAUGAAUCUCUCAAUUCUUUUCAGCCGUGUGCAUAUUCAGAGUACUCAAGCCCUGAGUAUUAUCUGUUAUAGCAGUGGUUCUCAACCUGUGGGUCCCUAGAUAUUUUGGGUUUCAACUCCCAGAAAUCCUAACAGCUGGUAAACUAGCUGGGAUUUCUGGGAGUUGUAGGCCAAAACACCUGGCCUACAGGUUGAGAACUCACUGUCGUAGUAUCACUGGGUCUUACCUUGAAGUGUGUUGUCUGUUGUGACAUCUAAAUGUGGUGUUGCUUGUGGCAUUUUCCUACUUUGCAGUAAACAGUGUAGCUAAUCCAACAGAAAAAAUGUUAUUGAAGCUAAUAAAAUAAUUAUAGUAGGCAAACUGCGUACAAAGGCCACCAAGCUUAUCUGCUUAAAUGAUGGGGCCACUAACAAGAAAAAAAAAAUCAACAUUAUUUCAAAUUAUAUUUCCAGUCAUUUUCAGUACAUGACAACCUAGCAACAGAACCAGCCCUAGGUAAUUUUUAGUAGUAGGCGAACAGAAUUUUGGCACCCCCCCUCACAAAACAAUGGCAGAAAAAUAAACCCCACUUGCCUUGCAGACUUCAGCGGCGGCAGGUGAGGCCGCGGUGCACACCGGCAUGGGCCCGCCUUCUGGGUGGCGGGCGUGCUCUCCAGUUGGUUGAAGGCCCACCAGCCACCUGUUUGCAUGGGCGAGUGUGUAAGCCCUGUACACACACACAGGACCAUCGCCCAAAAUGGGCGAUGAGACUGUGCGCGUGCGCAGGGCGUUUGGAAGCUCUGCGCAUGCGCACAGGACUAUCGGCCAUUUUGGGCGAUGGUCAAGUGCAUGUGCGCAGGGCUUUGCCCAUCCUCGGCGCCCAGCAUCUUGGCUUCGGCUUCUGCGGAGGCAGCCAUGGCGGGAGAGGGGUAGCCGCUGGAUUUACUAUAGAAAUAUGAAACCACGUAUAUUGUACUAUAGAAUUGCACUGGAGGACCUAGAAAAUGCCUAUAGAUAACACCUUUCUAGGUCUUCCAACACAACUUUAUGGUCAACUUCUGGUGUCAUAGAAUUGUGCAGGACCUAGAAAAUUGUUAGAGAAAAUGUAUUUAUUCUAGACGUGGAUACGUGAAAUCGCGGGUACUGGUCCUGCGGAUAUGGGGUUGCACUUACUUAUUAUAUAAACCUGACUCAUGGCAUUGCAAUUACUCUACUUACAUUUAUAUUUGUUGUAUGAUGACUAAAGGUGACUAAAAAUGUCUGAAAUCCUACCUUUGGUUACCUUGCAGCUCUUGACAAGUAGGCCAAUUUCAAGGCAUUUGAGAGCAAAAUGAUAAGGGACAUAUUCAGCCCAUAUCUGCUCAUGGAGCAUUCAGUUUUAUGAGUUUCAUGCAGGUUUUACUUAUUUAUUUGUAAUAUUUUUGAGCCUUUGGCCUCACCACUAAGCCAAUUUCAUGAGAGUGGCAGGUCAUGACUAGAAUCAUUCUUACAUAGAAGCUUAUGUUGAUUAAUAAUUACCAUUGUAAUUUUCAAGAUUGUUUUUUCAUACAGAUUGGUAACCAAUGAAGUAUUUUCUUAUAUUUUAUGGAAGUGAUUUUCAUUACCUGUGCAAUCACGUUUCUACGCCACUUUUGAUGGCAUGUUGAAAACACUCCAGAGGCCUUCGCGAGUCUUUCGUGCCUUUCGAAUAAGAACCACUGAUCCAAGUCAUGUCAUGACUCCUUACUUCAGUGACAAUGGUUUUAAAAGUUCAGUUUACUAAUGUACAUAAUUUUUUUUUUGAUAGGACAUAUUUGGUAUCUCUAAUUAAUUUGAGUCUUGGAGCUGUACAGUAUUUUUCUUCUGUCUCUUCUCUGUUGAUUGAUGUUCUGGGGUGUACAGAUAAGCCUUUAAAAUGUAAUUGUUUAUUUAGAAAAUAAAUGUAAUGAUUUUGUUUUUAAAAAAAACCUUUUUAUAUUUAGUCACAUUACUACUGCAACUAUCUACAAAAAAGGACGCGACUUUAAAGUAAAAGGUUCAAAAAUUAAAUCUACUGGUAGCUGC